GGGCGGCCAGCCCGGCAGCUGGGAUGGCGGCGGUGGGCGCGGUGCUCUGCGGUGGGCACGGGGUGCGCUGGGCGUUGCCGCUCCGCCCGCCGCUCUGCCUCGCCUGCGCCGUGGAGACCCUGGGCGACGGCAGCGCCUCGCUGGUGCGCAAGAAGCAUGUCCUGUCCCGUCUCCAGGAUGCCCUGGCCUGGCAGGCGCUGCCAGUCGUCCAGCUGCUGGCACCAGACGAGAGGGUCUGCAUGCAUUUGAUAGGAACUCUCUUUGGGAUGUUGCAUACUGUGGAAGACAGUGGUGCCCUGGACCUGUUAGUAGAAGUUCUGGUGCGGCUUGUGGUGGAGCUGAAGUCAGAACAGUACUUAUGCUGCAUUUUGAAUGAAAGCCAAAAGGAGCUGUGCAAAGCAACUACCAUGAGAAGCAGCCUGCCCACAUUUGCUCUCUUGGGCAAGUUGGCAGAUGCCAUUCCAGGCUUUGCUGAUCUACUGGUGGUAGAGCACAGUAAUUUAGUGGAUCAUCUGCUGACGGGCUUGAUGUACCCAAAUGAGGGCAUAAAGGCUGCUGUCUGCUACUUGUAUGGCAAGCUGUACUCUUCUCCUGUUGGCACAGAACGGCUCUCAGCACACUUCGAAGAAAGGCUGUGUAGUCUCUUCCUGAAUACCCUGGGGUGUGCGCAGACAAAGGAGCUGCAGGUUAAUUGUUUGGGUUUGCUAAAGGAGCUGCUGAAAUCUGACCAUUUUGUAUCUAUUCUUAUGAAUAAUUCAAAGACAGAGGAGGAGACUGAGGACCCAGACUUUUUAGAAGGGGAAAAUCCACUGCCACUUGUUCUCAAAAAGCUUUUGUUGACCAGAGAUGAGAUGUUGCAGGCAGCAAGUUCUCACUGUAUGGCUGCAGUGCUGGUUCACUCUCCCAGCAGAUAUGCUCCUGCUUUUAUCCAUGCGGAUGUUCCAGAGUUCCUGUUUGAAUGUCUCUUGUGCAAAAGUGAAGUCCUCAUCUGGUCAGUGUAUUGCUGCCUGCUCCUCCUGACUGAAGAGCGCCUUUUCUUCUCAAAGUGUCACACUGUCUAUGGCAUUGAAUCUCUGGUGCGGAGUCUCCAAGACGUCCUGCAGAUGAACAAUGUGGAGUUGCACAAACAAGGGCUCCUGCUCUUCACUGAAAUACUGAAACGGCAACCCAUGGAAAUCAAAUUAUUCACAAACCGAGGUGUAUGUAUAGAAGCCAUUGAUGUUUUGAUGGAGACAGUGAACUGCCCAGUGCUGGAGGUGGCAGUGGAGGCUGUGAGAGCUGUGGCAGCUUUCCUGAGGAAGGACCAUCUGAGCUCCCCUCCAAUCCCAUAUGAAGAGCUGCAGAAGUUGCUGGAGGCAGCAUUGAAGCGAUGUGCUGACCUUUCCCCACCACAGAGCAGCAAGAGGCAUACAGGUGAUCUUCUAUUCUCGGUGUCUCAGAGUCAACCAGCAAACAGAAAUCUCGGCAGAGUCCCUCAGAGGCAGUGUCAGUUCUUGCUCAACACCCUGGAAAGUUUCAGAAAUGCUUGCAGAUUAGCAGUGGAAUUCCAGGGUGACUUCAUGGCCCAGGAGAACGCUUUCACUGCCCCCAACUCUGAGAGCAAGGACACGCUGAGCAAGUUCUCUGAGUUCCUGUUGAGGAUUUGUGACAGUCUCUGCAUCCCCAUGGUCAUGAGCUACCUGCAAAGGGCUGUCAGUCUGUCGGUGGUGGAGGUUUUCAUUUCAACACUUAAUAUCCUCUUUACAGUGGUGCCAAACAUGCGGAAUAAGUUCUCCAAAAAGCUGGCAUCCUCCUCCUUCAUCCGACUGACGCUGGAGCUGAAGGCCAGAUUUUGCUCUGUACAAAGUAAUCCUAUCCUGAAUCAGACCUGUUCCAGCUUCCUCUGCAACUUGUGCCUGAACCUUUACUCUGCCACAGAGAAAAGGAGAACAUCUCAGGAGGAGCAAGAGAUGUCUGCGCUCCUGCAGAAGGGUCUGCCUCAGUUAAACUACACCAUUGCUGAAAGCCUUCUCCUCCUGUCUGAAACUCCUGAGCCUUUCUCUUUGGAUCAGUCUCUUUGCAGCCACCAACACUGCUUCAUACUACUCUUAUACUUUGCCUACACCCUUGGGGACAGGUUUGUUCCAGAUGCAGAAUUAUUUCUAGCCAUAAGAAAUUUCCUCCUCUCAGCACAGGACCGUGGAGACUGUCCUCCUCCACACAUACUCAGAGCUGCACUUUACCUUCUUGCUGUCUGUCAGGAUAAAGGCAAAGCCCUGGACUUGAGGUCGUUGUGUACCAUAAGAAGGAUCCUGGAUAAUCUUCCGGAUCUGAGCUUGGUCUAUGUCCAUUGUCCUCUCCUGCUGAAAUUCUUCCUGCACUACCCUGAACUUAUGGGGAGAUUUGGACACCAAGUCCUCCAACUCUGGUUUUCCUGGGAAGACUGCAAGCAAACUGAGGCUGAAGAACCUGAUUUUGACACAUCUGAUCAGCUGAACAGUGCUAGCCCAUUACUUCCCAUUCUGAAGAGCAAUUCCAGCAUUUUGCUUAUUUUACUGGACCUGGUCUGCUCAAGCUCUGUGAAAGUGGCUUGGAAGAUGUUGAUGACUCUAAGAACCUUCCUGGAAAGAAAUGAGGAUGUCCUUGUCUGUGACCUCCUCCGGAGCCGAUUCCUACAGAUUCUGCAGCAGCUGUUGGUAGACAGCAGCUCAGCCACCCUACAAGCUAACAGUAACCUGCCUGUUUUGCUGAGCCUCCUUUUCCUGGUGCAACUGCGGAGCAAGGGCAUGAGGGAGCUGGACAGCACAGACUUCAAGCUACUUCACCAGGUCAGUAAUCUCUGUGGGAAAUGCAGGCCAAGGGACACUGGCCUCCUGCAGCCAUCCUUGAAUUUUCUGUACUGGAACCUUCAUCAGACAACACCUUGUAGUCAACAGAGAGCAGUGGCUGUGCUGCUCUCCAAUGUGUCCUUGCUAGAACUCCUGCAGAAGGUUCUGGAAUGCACCUGGUUGCGGUCCCCGCCCUCUGGACCUGCUUACCUGUCAUCUGAAGAUGCCUUGCUGUGCUCUGGAUGGCUGUUGGUUGCAUCCCUUUUGCUUUAUCAGCAUCGCUACAAUACUGAGGUUCACCAAACACUCUCUCUAGACCUAACAGAAGUCCUCAAUGCAGUCAUCUUCAGGAAUAAGAAGCCAGUCCUGCUCUUAGUGAGCAUCAUGCAGUUCCUGAGAGCUGCUCUGCGCCAGAACUUCUCCUCCUCUCUGCUGGUGAUCGCUGGCCAAAACACGGCCCAAGGCGCUACUCAACCACAGCCAUCAUCAUUGCAGGAUGCUGCCUUGCACCCCCUUGCCACACAGCAGGUCUUCUCACUUGUUGUCAGUCUGCAGAACCUUUUGGUGCAAGUCCAGUUGCAGAAAGACUUGCUUCUCUCUCAGGCUGUGGUUGCCUGCCUGGAAACCUUAGUGGAAUACCUGUAUGUGAAGAACCAAGAUGUUGCUCUACAUGUUGCUUCACAGCCAUGGCACCGAUUCCUGCUCUUCACACUACUCAGUGGGGGCCAGAAGUCCUUUCUGCAGCCAGAAGUUCUGAGGCUGAUGACUUUGUUUGUGAGAUAUCAGAGCAGCAAUAUUAUUUCUCAAAAAGAAAUUAGCCAGAUUCUUCAGGAGGCAGCAGAAGCCAACUUAGCAGAACUGCCUGAGGCCACAUCUUGUGCUCUUCACCACUUCCUUUGUCAGGUUGCAGUGGCCAACAUGGAUUUUUUCUUCAUCUACCCUUUUCUGCUGGUGCUGCUGCUAUCUCGAGGCAGCUUCGCAGACCUGGAAAAACAGAGGGUGGACUCUGGCUUGGAAAUCUAUAAGAAGCUGUUUGAGGUUAAGCGCAAGGACCAGAUGAACGCGCUGAAGAAUCUGAUUGAGCUCAAUGACGUCAACCAGCAGUACAAAAUCAUUGACAUCAUGCUCAAGGGACUCUUCAAAGUGCUGGAAGACUCUCGUGCUGUGCUUAUUGCUGCUGAUGUGCCUCCCGACGGGCCUUUCCCUCAGGAUGAGAAGAUAAAAGAUGCAUACUCCCACGUAGUGGAGAAUACUGCUUUCUUCGGGGAUGUUGUCCUGCGCUUCCCCAAGAUUGUGCACCACUAUUUCGACCACAACUCCAACUGGAACAGCCUCAUCCGCUGGGGCAUCGGCUUCUGCAACCUGACGGGUGUGUUCGAGCAGGGACCUCACUCCCAGGUCCUGCGGCUGAUGGCUCAGGAGCUGGGAAUCAGCGAGAAAUCGCCCGAUUACCGCAAUCCCUUUAAAACGGACCACUCAGAGUUUUUCCCCAGCGCUGACACCUUUCAGAAGGCGCUGAGGGACGAGGAGAAGAGGAGGAAGAAGGAGGAGAAGCGGAAGGAGAUCCGCAAGGGCCCGCGCAUCUCCCGCUCGCAGUCGGAGCUGUAGCGUGCGGGGGCUUGCGCCUUGCAGUGGGGGUGACACCACUGGGACGCAGAGUGGCUCGCUCCCUCUCGGCAGCCUUUGGCCAGUGCCUGGCGGUCCCCUUUCCGUUUGUGCCGUGGGUUUUGUUUUGUUGCCUUUCCCUUUUGUUCAGUGGAGAUUGGGUGGCAGUGCUGGUGGGUUGCCCCAGUGCAGCUGGAGUGGGGUAUGCCUUCCCCACAGCUAAAGCACAGACUAAAGGAAAAGCAGUGGGGCCAUCCCCUGGGCUGGUUGGGGUGCUGCUGCCUGUGGGGAAGUAGGGUGUGGGGGACAUGCUGUGCCUGAGAAGCCCAGGAAUCCCUCCACUCCGCAGCACACUCUACACUGAACCUGCCUCCUCCAACAUGGGUGGGCUGGGGAGUGCAUCACACCAAACAGCCUCAUGAGCAAUGCUGCUUCUCUCAGUUUUGGUUUUUGUUUUGUUAAACUGGUGAUCUCAUUGGCACCCCCCACCCGGCUCUACCUGGUCUCUGCACAGCUGCUACCUCUGCCAGAUCAGCUCUCCCCUCUUCCCAGUGGCUCUCUUACCGAGGAACAUGCAUUUCAUUGCUCAGAUGUAGUUUAAAAGGCUGACAGCAUCUGUUCCUGGCCUGAUGGCAUCUUGUUCUCCUAUGCAGACACCACUGGGCGUUCCUGCAGGGAGGCAAACACACGGUGAAUUUUUUGAAGGAAUUUCAGUACUUGGCCUCUUUGCAGCCAAUGGGUGGC